AACAUUUUCUGCAUCCACAUCGCGCCUAUAUAAGCAGCCAUGCACUAUGCUUAUCAGUAGUCAAGGCAUUAGAUAUGGCAAUAGAUGAUUCCUUCAAGAAGCCUGGAGCUGUUCCCUUCAAGUGGGAGAUUCGUCCCGGCGUUCCCAAGAUCCAACAACCGCCGCAGCUGCCACCACCACCAACACAGCCAAAACAACAACUGAAAAAGCAGCUGCUGCCCACGUUGUCGGCGCCAUCAUCGCCUUUUAUCAGCCAGCGCUCAUUCCCAACCCCACAGAGGCUCAAACCCCCACCACCUGGAUCCUACUACCUCUUUUCUCCAGAGCCUCGGACCCAGUCUUUUCGAUCGGCUCCUCGUUCUCGCUCGGAGCGAUGGCGGUUUGAUCAACCAGCUCGGGUCCAUCCCGAAUGUGUUUCACCUGGAUGCUUCCCAUCACCUUUAAUUAAACGAAGGGAAAGCAAGAGGAGAAUGCAGAAACCGAAAGCAGACUACAGUUCAGACCUCGAGACAAUGUCACGUUGGUCUGUAUCAAGUCGGAGGUCAGUUUCACCAUUGUCACCGGCAUCGUCUUUCUCUUCUUGCAGGCCGUCGCCCAGACGCCUAAGCGAUGCCGAAUGGGCUGGGUUUGGACUCUUUUGAAAUCAAAAUUUUCCCCCUUUUCUAUAUGUAUACAUCUUUAAUUUUCAAGGAUGUAAUAUGUAAUAUAAACGAAAAUACUAU